CUUCAGUGCUGCUGAGACAUGUACUGUGCUUCAAGCAUUGCUGUGUAGUAUUGUGAGUCGUCUUUGGGAAAAUAGAUUAGUGUAUUGGCUGCCAAGAGCCACAAACACUUCAGGCCCUGAUGGGGGACUCAGGAUCCAGAAGAUCGACUCUAGUAUCUCGGUUGCCGAUAUUCAGGAGAAGUAUUAGCCGCAGACACGACUCUCUUCCAUCCUCGCCUUCCUCUGUUAAUACUGUUGGUGUCCAUACUUCCUCCCCCUCCAGCACUAACUCCAGCUCAGGGAGCACAGGCAAGCGCCGGAGUAUAUUCCGCACUCCUUCCAUUAGCUUCCAUAACAGGAAGGGGAGCGAGCAGAAGCCCAACUCUGCUAGUGAAAAUGUUAACAUCUCAAAUGGUGCCCAGUCCUCUCUGAAUAGUUUUCAAAAACUGAGCCUAGAUGAACACAUUAAAAGCAGAGGGAGGCAUUCAGUUAGCUUUGGCAGCUCGCGAAGCAAGAAGAUAACGAGGUCUUUGACAGAGGAUUUUGAAAAGGGAAAGGAGCCUUCAACUAAUAAGAAUGUCUUUAUAAAUUGUAUAAGUUCUGGGAAAAAUGAGGGUGAUGAUUCUGGCUUUGCAGAGGAGCAAAGUCGAUGCUCCGUCAAACAGUCCACGCGAAAACUUCUCCCUAAAUCUUUUUCAUCGCACUACAAAUUUUCCAAACCAGUUCCGCAGAGUCAGUCAGUUUCGUGCGUGCAACAGUCUGGAUGCUUGUUGGAGAUUAAAUCAUAUGUUGAAAGUGAACCUCUAAUGGUGAAGUCCUCUCCUCCGUGUUCUGCUGAGACGACAGAAUGUGCGGGAAGUCCGUUGCAGUCCUCGUUGCUUUCGGCUGACCUCACGGCCGCCCAGACCCCCUCGGAGUUUGUAGCCUUGACGGAGGAUUCUGUUUCGGAAGUUGAUGCACUGCCGGGCAGCGGAAAUGGAGUGCUUCUCACAGAGGAUUUUGGUCACGAUGUCUCUACCUCUCAGAUCUUCUCUAAUCCUGCUGCUGCUCAUGUAAGGAAAACGGAUCAUGUGGAAAGUACUUGCCAGUCUGCUGGUGUAUCUCCUGUGAGAUGUAGCGCUGAAUCUAAUACCUUAUUGAAAACCACUGCUGCUAAUCAAACACAAGUAUUGUUGCAAGCCAAUGAACUACCUAUUAAAGAUGCCAGGCACACAGGAGACAUUAACUCAGCAAAUGCAAAUGUAGAGAUGUUUGCGUUACAUCACAGAGAUGAACCAGUGAUGUGCUCUCCAAAAGCACGGGGGUUAGGUGGGCACCAAGAUGAAAGAACACUGUCUAAGCACAUAAGAGAAACAAUUCCUGUAAUGGAGUCUAUAUCACGUUCUGAACCUCAGUCCUUUAAAACACAACAGGGAUAUGAAACAAACUAUUCUAAAGUUGAUCUUGCCAAUAGCUUCAGUCCGUACCGAGAAGGCAGAUUUAUUGAGAAACGACUGAGAUCCUCUUCAGAAGGUACUGCUGGAAGCGGUCGACUGAUCAUAAAACCGAGGGAUGGAAAUACAGAAGAAGUUAACACUCUACGACAGCAGAGAGCAAGCUCAUCUUCCUCAAAAAUGAACAGCAUGGAUGUCUUGAAUAACUUGGGUUCCUGUGAGCUCGAUGAAGAUGACCUAAUGCUUGACUUGGAGUUCCUAGAAGAACAUCAUCAUCAUCGUUCUGUUUGCCGGGAAGACUCAUACCAGUCGAUAGUCUCGUGUGCUGCUGUAGUACUUACCCCUGUAGAACCGACAGUGGAUACAAGGAAAAAAGAACAGACAAAAAUGCCUGAUGUGUCUAAACAGAACCUAUCCCUGAAGCUAUCAAAGGAGGUGGACCACGGAGAAGCCAGGUACCCUCGUGUUAGCCAGCUGGCUGGCAGCCCAUCGGUGGAGUGGCCUUUUACUGGUCUGGAGGAAGGAGGAGGCAUUGAAUCUUUGCCCUUCAGAUUGAUGCUGCAGGACUGCACAGCUGUAAAGACGUUGCUGCUGAAAAUGAAGAGGGUUCUUCAGGAGAGUACGGACCUGAGUCCAGCUAGCAGUACCACCUCGCUUCCUGUCAGCCCUCUUCCUGAGGAGCCGCUACUUUUCAAGGAUGUAAUAAAAGAUGAAUGCUCAGUGCUGAAGCUGCAGCUAAAGGAGAGAGAUGAACUCAUAGCCCAACUUCGUGAGGAGCUGGAAAAAGCCCAGUGUUUACAGAAGGCUCUCACUUCCCAAGCAGAUAAAUCCACUCAGACAGAAGUUGUAGGCCAUGAUGCUACAUAUCAAAACAGAAUGGGGAGCCAAAAUCUCAACACAAGGGACAGAAAGUCAGCACAUACUCCCACCGAGGACCCUUUUAGAUAUUCAUCAGGCAACCAAGCAACAGCCUAUGAAAGCAAAAGCUGUCAGCUGUCAAAUUUGUGUCUGAGUAACCUCUUGAAAGAGAAAGAAAUAGUGGAUGUCAUCAAGCAUACUAGAGGCACAUACGAAACCCUCGCUUCGGAGGUCACCCAGAAUGGUUUGGCCAGCCCUGCACAAAGUACAGCAAAGCCAGCAUCCAAGACAGAUGGCUACCCUGUUUUCUCAGGAGCUCCAAAGGACCAAACUGCUGUACCUCGGCAGCAUACCACUUUCACAGGGAGACUUGGACAGCCUCCGAGGGGACCCAUCUCUUUACACAUGUACAGCAGAAAAAAUGUUUUCCUCCACCACAAUUUACACACAGCAGAGCUGCAGACUUUAGGUCAACAAGAUGGGUAACAGAGUUCUUGUAUUCUUACCAUGGAAGGAGAGUUGAUUAAACGGGAACGUAAACUCAUCUAGAGCUCAGUCUGAGUUUUCAUCUGCUGCUACCUUUACCUGAAAAAAAAAAAAAAAGCAUUGUCUGUAGGUUCCAUACUUCCCCGUUUGGGACUGUGGCAAAGGGAUGAACUAGAUUGUUAAAUAGCUAAAUUGAUUUGUCGUGCAAAAGUUACCAUGUUUGUAAUAAAUGGGACCAUUUGGUUGGCAUCGCUAAUCUAAAAUUGGCUAAUUUUUUUUUCUUUUUUGCCUCUAUAAACCAUUAAGAUCCACUGAAUUUCUGGAAGGCGGUCGUAAAUAAUACUGUGUGCAUUUAAUAAUGUUACUGUAAAAGUAGAUGUGAGGAAUGAAUAGAUAAGUAAUUAGGAAGCACUCUUUAAGUUUCAUAGAGACUAGGGAAAUAAGGAGUCAGAAAUCUGAGGACUCUCUCUUUACAGUUUUUUUUUAAGAUACAAUGACAUUUUGCUCACUUGUAGAGAUAUGUUACCACUUCCUGCUGUAUUUUAAGGAUGCCUCAGGGCACCAGCAGAGGGAAUGCCUGACUUUUUUCUUCCUUCAACAGUAGAGUUCAUAGAGGUUUACCAGGUAUUGGACUCCGUAAUUGGAAUCGAAAUGAAAAAUGGCAGCUUGAUGCCUCAGCCUUCCCUCCCCCCUCCCUUUUUUUAAACUACAUCUUUUCUACUAUUUUUGUGCUAUUAUAACAUGUGAUGUUGUGGUGGUAUUUGUUGUGAUUUUACAGACAAUAUAUCACUCAUGAUGCAACAUGACAUUCUAUGCUAUUGAUGCAUCAUAUACUUCCCAAACCAAAAAUGGAUGAAAGUAAAUUUUACUCGAAUAAAAGCAAUUGUCUUAUUACCAGUCCAAACUACCCAUGUAAUCAGAAUUUCUGCAGACUAUAUCUGAACUUAAUGACCUGAAUUACACUAACUCAGCAGGUUUGAUAGUCUCAAUGUAUUAUGUACAAGUGAGAUGGAUUUAGUCCUAUUUGGCAUGCAGUAUGCUGGGCUCAUGGGAAUAUGAAAUCAUCUGAUGACACUACAGAACUUAAAAGCUUAUCAGUAACAAAAGACCCUGUUUUCCCUUUUCAGAGGGCUUGAAAAGAGGUAGCUCAGUCAAGUUACUCUGAACAUGUGGCAUAUACUAAGCAUGACACUUGGUUUACAACCUCUCUGAUGACGGGUAAUCUGUCUGAAUGACAAUAGAUCAUAUAGUUAGUAGCUCAUACGUAACCUGGCGCACUGAAGUAUGAUUGAGACAGAUCUGAGACAAGUCACCUCUCUCUUUAACUGGUGAUUAAUAAUGAAAGACAAGAGCGUAGCACAUUCUCACACACAAAAUCAAGCACCUGGUAUGACUUAAUUGAAGGAGAGUAAAAAGAAUUUUCUGUAGCUACUAAAAAUGCUGUAACUUUUAAAAGUAAGUCCGUAAGGCAUACAAAAUAAACUAGUGAUACAAAUUUUACUUAGUGUUAAACAUGACACCCACUUAACUACUUAAUUAUCAGAUUAAGCAUUGGCUAGGUUAAGAAACAACUAGACUACAAGCUUCAACAGAUUCUGCAAAGCCAUUUCAAUGCCUGAACUUCCAGUAUUCUGUUCAUUGAGGAUUUUAAUUAGGGUAGAGUAAAUUUGAUGACAUCAGAUGUUGAGGAGAGCAGGUUUUGUCCAAGUAUUCUAUAAUGAUCAUUUGGGGUGUCCAUAGCUGGAUACAUAUGAAUCAAGACAAACAUUUGCCAGAAUUCUUCAUGCUUUUAUAUAAUUGUGUGUGUGUUGCUACCGCCAAAACAAAACAUGCAGAAAUUGCAAACACAGCUUCACUGAAUGAUCUGUGGGUAUUCAAGACUUUCAGUCCUGCUUUGAAAUUCAUAGUUUAAUGUCUACCAAAAAAAUAAAAGUACUAGUAACAGAAUUUCACUAUUCAGUCAUGUUUUCCUCUGAGCAAUUUCUUAAGCUUAUGGUAGACUGAAAGGACAGUUGAUUAUUAUCACCAAUACAUUUCAGUCUUGCUUAUCUCAAGAGUUGAUGUAUGCAAUUAUAUUUCAGAUCUGUAAAUAAACACACAUUGUAAUCAGGAAUUUUUUUCCAGGAUACAAAUGUACUAUACUACAUUUAAAAAAAAAAAAAAUCUUUCAAUUUUAACUCAUGUACUGUAUCUAUAGUUGUUUUUUUCCUGGAAAAAUGGACUUUUGGAUUACACUUUGUUAAAAAAAAUCUGUCUAUACAUUUCAGAAAUAACAUUUUAAAUGCUACUAUUUUCUUGAAAAAUCUUUUUUAAAGCUGAAACUUAGAAAAAAACUGGAGGAAACAGUUCAAUUAAAUGAGGAAUAUUUUUACACGUCAUCUUGAAGCUGUUUUGUAUCAGUAUUUUCAGCAUUGUUAUAUUAUAUGUAAUACUAAGUGUAAAUCUCACCCAGAGAAGGGUAUUAGCCACAUGUUAAUGUACAGCACAGCAGUAACUGUAAAACAGAGGUCCUUUGUUUGAUCCUGUUGUGUAUAUAGUAAAUCAUAAAGCAACAGCAUGUGGACAUUC